AUGACGAAUACCUUCACCGCAGCAACCCUAGAGAUGGAGAAAGGACUACCGACAAGAAGAGCUCGAGCAACUGCGGCUUCAGUCCUCUUCAACGGCGAAUUCACCUUUUCAUCUGCUGCAAGGCUUCAAUCAUUCGCUGGUCUUCUCAAUGAGAAAGGGAAUCUCGUUGGUGCCGCUGUUACCAUUGGAAACACCCUUUGCGCCCAGAUCACGGCACGAGUUGGGUUUGAUUGGGUGCUUAUCGACAUGGAACACGCCCCCGUCUCGGCGCGCGAAGCCUCCAGCCUGGUCCAGGCAGUGGUCGCAGCAUCAGGUGGCCAGUGCGUUCCAGUAAUACGCACCCCUUCGCAUGGUGUCGAGUGGAUCAAAUGGGCUUUGGACUCUGGGGCUGCGGGCAUCAUCAUUCCCAUGGUGACGACCGCUCAAGAAUGCGAAAACAUCAUCCAACGUGCCAUUUAUCCACCAAGAGGCCAGCGCAGUUUCGGACCUUUUCUGGCGCCAUAUGCCGAUGUCGACCCCGCGGCCGAUGUCACGAAGUACAUGAAAGAACGCGCGAAGGAGGUGGCGAUCAUUCCGAUGAUCGAGUCUAUGGAGGGCGUAGAGAACGCAGAGGCGAUCUUGAGAGUCCCCGGAGUAACAGCCUGUUUUGUCGGGCCUUACGACCUUCGCCAAUCUAUGGGCCUGCCAGGUGGUGACGGUGAAGAGCCCAGCUACAUCAAUGCAUUGCAAAGGAUUCUCGAGGCGGGGAAGAGGAAUGGUGUAGUCAUUGGCACAGUCGGCGCGACCGAAGCAUCUGCAAGACGGAAGGUAGAGAUGGGGUUCAGAUUUCUGCUCACGGGCCAGGAGCCCAAUUUCCUGGCUGCUGGUGCCAGGUCGACUUUGCAGCAGUGUCAACGGGGAAUGAUAGCCGCGAGAACUAGCAAUUUGUAA